AUGAGUAACAAGAGGACAUCUGUAGAACAGCUCAUAUCAUGCCCAAUUUGCUCUAGAAAAGUCUUUUUUUCCUUAAUCAACUCUCAUCUUGACAUAUGUGGCAAGGAAAAGUCAAAGCCUUCGAGUAGGCCACAAACGGUGUCAAGUCUUUUGGCAGGCCCAAAAAAGAGGAAACAAGCUAACUCAGAGAAAUUCAUUGAUCUUGAAAAUAAGGACCAUGAAAUUAAGCCAGGUCUUAAGAGCGAGAGUGAUGAUAUUGAGAUUGUUGAAAAUGAAAGCAAAAGAUUUAAGGCAGCACCAUCCACGGAUUUUGCGAAAUCAAUAGUGGAGCCUGCUUCGAGCAGAGAUCAACUUCACAACGAUUACGAAAGCAGAUGGUUGCAGAAAAUAAGCCAUUUGCCACUUAGUGAAAAAUUGAGGCCAAAAGAAUUAAGAGAUUAUGUAGGUCAGCAGCACAUUCUCUCUCAAGAUAAUGGUACAUUGUUCAAAUACAUAAAACAAGGGACUAUACCAUCUAUGAUACUCUGGGGCCCUCCAGGUGUAGGAAAGACUUCACUAGCUAGACUAUUAACGAAAACUGCGACAACCAGUAGUAAUGAAUCAAAUGUUGGUUCCAGGUACUUCAUGAUCGAAACAAGUGCGACAAAGGCAAAUACGCAAGAAUUGAGAGGUAUAUUUGAAAAAUCAAAAAAGGAAUAUCAAUUGACCAAAAGAAGAACUGUACUUUUUAUUGAUGAAAUUCACAGAUUCAAUAAAGUUCAACAGGAUUUGUUAUUGCCACACGUAGAAAACGGUGACAUUAUUUUGAUUGGUGCAACGACAGAAAAUCCAAGUUUUCAGCUGAACAAUGCUCUCAUUAGCAGAUGUCUGAUUUUUGUCCUAGAAAAGCUGAAUGUCAACGAACUGUGUAUUGUUUUAUCAAGAGGAAUUGCAUUAUUGAAUAAAUGCAGGAAACAAGUAUGGAAUAUUGAAAAUCCUUUGAAAUUGUCUAGAAGCAUACUGGAGUACGUGGUAGAUCUGUCGGUGGGUGAUACAAGGAGGGCGUUAAAUAUGUUGGAAAUGAUCGAAGUUUCAACAAGAGAGCGCAAGGCCGACGAGGAAGAAUUAUCUAUCGAUGAUGUACGAGACAUAAUUAAGAACAACAGCAGCAACGGGUUGAAUACAUACUAUGACCCAAAGGGAGAUAACCAUUAUGAUACAAUCUCUGCGUUUCAUAAAUCCAUUAGAGGUGGGGACGAAAACGCCUCACUGUACUAUUUAGCAAGAAUGUUGCAGGGAGGAGAGGACCCAUUGUAUGUUGCCCGAAGAAUGAUUCGAAUAGCUUCUGAAGAUAUCGGAUUACGGGAUAGUUCAUUAUUGCCCUUGGCUGUCGCGGCACAUGACGCAGUAAUGAAAGUUGGUUUGCCAGAGGCAGACCUUGCACUGGCGCAAUGUUGUGUUGCUUUGGCUAGGGCACCAAAGUCAGUAGAACUAUAUAGAGCUUGGAAGAAAUUAAGGGCAAUGAUGAGCGAGAACAUGUACAGUUUAGCAAGCAGUGAGAUACCGAUGCAUAUCAGAAAUGCGCCAACCAAAUUGAUGGAGGAGCUGGGUUAUCAUAAAGGCUACAAGUACAAUCCCGAUUAUAUUGAAGGAAAAGUCCAACAAGACUACUUUCCCAAAGAAGUGCUCGAGAAAUGUCCAAAUAAAACUGACUUAAAGUUCCUGGACGGCAAACAUUUAGGAGACAAAGAAGAUCCUGACUUGAGACAGUCAUAUCAGGGUUAG